AUGGCCAUGGUCCGCGUGUGGCGGGAUCUAUGCACGAGAAAAGAUGGGCGAAAGGAAAAAGAAAUGCAAGUUAAGAAAUUAUCCGGUGUUUCCCUCACUAAAGCUCUCAACAUCCAGAGCUGCUCGACCAAUUAG